CCUUGCAGUAAAGGAAAUGUUUCAGUAUGUUUUGAACCAAUCAUACCCAGGUAGGCAUUCCCGAGUCCGGCUGUCCUCAGACCCAUUGACUGGGCCCUUCUUUCCACUACCAUGGAUGAUGGGGGGUUCUCGAUUGUGGGCGCAGCGCAAACGGCCCCUCCUUGCCCAGUGUUUGACUGUUCCACCAAACCACGCCUAACACUUGUUCGAAACCUUUCACCUACAUCUGAUCCUCCGCCACGCUUCUUUUACUUCGCACGUUAAUUAAUCUAAACACCAAGGGAACAAUUCAACUUCAUCGACGAUGGCUGGAGCCACGCGGGAUAGGCGUUUGGUUAAGGAGCUGGGCAAGAUUCAUAAGGAUGGAAUGCCCCCUGGUAUCACAUUGAUAGAACGCAACGACAGUGUUGCUGGCGACUGGUUUGUUGAUAUCCAGGUUCUCGACGACAAUCCGCUUUACAAGGACCAAAUCUACCGGCUCAAGUUCCACUUCCCCAAGAUGUAUCCCAUAGAGCCCCCCGAGGUCACUUUUGACAAGCAAGCCGAUCGGCCCAUUCCUAUGCAUCCUCACAUAUACUCCAACGGCAUCAUCUGUCUCGAUCUUUUAGGUCAACAGGGUUGGAGUCCCGUCCAGAGCGUUUCGAGCGUAUGCAUGAGCAUCCAAAGCAUGUUGACGAGCAAUGAUAAAAAUGAGCGACCUCCUGGCGAUGAGGACUUCGUGCGAGGCAAUAAGCAACGGCCCCGAGACAUCGAGUUCCUCUACCACGAUAACACCGUGUGAACGGGACGAUGCGGUAUCGUCAUGUGCAGACGAAUGCAUGAGGACUCGGGAUAUUAAUAGCAUUCAUUUGGCGUUCAGGGCACACCAUCUGGUCGUGGCAGGAGAUCAGCGUAUGGGAUAUAGCAUUUGCAUUUACCGACGGAACACAGUUGUUGAGACUGCGCAUUUGCAUGCCUCAGGCUGAGGCUGGGCACAAGCAUAUCUAGUACACAGUCAACAUGGCUCAAUGAUGAAUAUCAUGAAGGGGGCGGAAGAUGGUCUCCGCAGAACACAAUGGCCAGGUGUAUGAUAUUUCUAGUUGCUUAUGAUGAUGAUGAGAAUCUGCUAGACAUUUGUUUCUCUGCCAAGCCAUGCAUCUUUCAUACUUGUUGCUAAUGACUCCAUCAACUGAAGUGAGAGGUUAAUUAGCGUCUUCAUAUACAUAUAUCCCGCGACAGAGAAAAAGACGGCCGCUUUCUGUCACAUAUAUCUGCUUAUGUACUACAGUAUACUGUACAUCUUGUAAUUAUCCAUCACCUUAAACUCUUGAUACUCUUUAAAUCAGUAAGAUUAACCC